AUGGACCGUGGCUCCAGACAUGGACCCACACCGAUCGACGAGGCCUCGGGACCCGAGUCCUCUCCGUCGUCUGCAUCAUCCCGAUCCGAAGAUCGACGAGGAGAGCUCAGCCCUUCCUCGUCCUCCGCGCCGUUUCGUCGAGUGUCUUCACAGCGAGCAUCUCGAGCGACGACUCCGACCAGCACGGGAAGAUUGGUCUCCGGCCAUCUCGCCUCGGACUUCGACGAGCAGCUCUUCAAGCCGGAGCUCUACGAGUUGGAAUCGGAGAAUGAUGCCCAGGCGCAGCAGCUUCUGCCCUAUCCCACCUGGUCGCCGGAAGCGCACCGGGAGGACAUGAGGCUGCCAGGUGCCCUGGGCUUUAUACAGUCCGAUUGGUUUCUCGUGCUGUCCGGCUUGGUGGUUGCCUUCAACAUCAUGUGCCUGUACAUCCAGGUGGCAUGUGAUGUGACGGACGAGGAUGCCAAGGUCCUCGAGAACGUAAACGACACCUGCCUGGUGCUGUACACCAUCGAGGUCGUGAUGAGACUGCUUCAUUUUCGAUUACGAUUCUGCGCCCAUGCUGUGGAUGGCAUGUGGAAUCUCUUCGACUUCGUUAUUGUUUGUGCGGGCGUAUUCGACCGGUGGAUAUUUCCAUCAUUGAAUGCCCAUAUUGGAGUCAAGUCGCAGGCCAGCUUCUGGCUGCCAGUCUUGCGGGGCAUCCGAGUGCUGAGGUUCAUCCGCGUGGUGAAGCUCGUUGGGGUGCUUUUUCGCUCAGAUCUUCGGUGGACUGAGGGCGUGGCAUUCGCUUCAGUGGUCUCUGCAGUGAUCAUCACCAGUGUGAUCCUGAUGGGCCUGGAGACCGACAUCCAGUCUCCACUUUGGGAGCCCAUAAACGACUUGGUUCUGUUGUUCUUCCUGUUUGAGCUGGCGGUUAACAUCCGAAAGCAGGGCUGGCUUCACUUUUUCAGCUCCGAGGACCACGUUUGGAAUUGGCUGGACAUGAUCAUCGUGGUCUUGGGCACCCUCGACCAAUGGGUCAUCAAGAUCUUUUUCAUUGCAGUGUAUGGUCGCGAUCAAAGUCAUGAGCUGGGCAGCUCGCUCAUGCUCUUUCGCUUGCUGCGAAUGCUCAGGAUCUUGCGAGUUCUUAGACUCGUGAAGGCAGUUCAUCCGCUCUACUUGCUGGCCCUCGGCAUUGCUGAGGCUGUGCAGAGCAUGUUCUGGGUUCUGUUGCUUACAAUGGUGGCGCUCUAUGCGUCAGCAAUUGUAAUCACACGCAUUGUCCGCGAGACCCACAUAGAGGAUGUGCCAGAUGCUGCCAAAGCCAAUUUUCAGAACGUGCCUGACUCCAUGUUCACGCUCUUCGUCCUGAUGAAUGGUGAGGAGUGGCCUGAUGUGAUGCCUCUCCUGGAUGCGUGUCCAAGUCUCAAGUUCAUGUUUGUCCUUUUCAUUAUCAUCUCAACGUGGGCUUUGCUGUCGGUGAUGACUGGUGUAGUGAGCGACAACAUGAUCUACGCAAGGGAGGCGCAGUCUCAGAAGGACGAUGCUCUGCAAGGAGAACGUCGGGCCAAGGUACAGAAGGCCCUGAACGACGUUUUCUUUGCAUCCCGGGGCCUCUCCACUGACAAAAGGCUUGCAGCCCGAGACUGGCAAGACGUUUUAAAGGUUCCGUUUUAUGCGAAAAAGAUCAUGGAUGUCGUGCCCUCGGUCCCAAAGAAGGAUCUAUUGGACAUGUUCGACUGGCUGGAAGCAGAUGAGUCGGACUCCAAAGUCAGCUUCCAGGAGGUGCUGCGUGGAGUGAUGACUUUGGCCGAGCCGCCGAGUGGCAAGACCCUACUCCAGGUCGACUCAGAGGUCAAGCAGCGGUUCUCACGACUACAGCAGCAGGGCAUGAACGCGGAAGACACCAUCGCAGAGCUCGAUGAGAAGGCCAUUGCUGUGCGAGAAAUUACAGCAGCUGCGACAGGAACAAUACCUAGAAUCUAG